GGCGGAACCAAUGGCCGCUCCUCAUCCGCUCCCCUGACGGUCCCAGUCAGGCCGUGGCGUCGAGAGCUCCACCUCCGACCGGCCGCGGAGCCUAAGUGCGGGCCUGCGUGAAAAGUGCCUGCGGCUGAGGGGAAGAUGGCGGCGGCCGUGGCGUUGGUGGCUGGGUUGCGCUUGGCGCGCAGGGCCGUGGCUGCCGCGGGGUCGCGGGGGGUGCAGGUCCGAGGAGCUGCUGGUGUGACUAAUGGGAAUGAAGUGGCCAAGGCCCAGCAGGCAGCUCCUGGGGAAGCAGCCCCAACCAUCUUCUCCCGGAUCCUGGACCGAAGUCUCCCAGCUGACAUUCUAUAUGAGGACCAGCAGUGUCUUGUGUUCCGUGAUGUGGCCCCUCAGGCUCCUGUGCACUUCCUGGUCAUUCCUAAGAAGCCCAUUCCUCGAAUUAGCCAGGCUGAAGAGGAGGACAAGCAGCUUCUAGGACACCUACUCCUUGUGGCCAAGAAGACAGCAAAAGCUGAGGGCCUGGGAGAUGGAUACCGACUUGUGAUCAACGAUGGGAAGCUGGGCGCACAAUCUGUGUAUCACCUGCACAUUCACAUACUUGGGGGCCGACAGCUCGGGUGGCCUCCAGGUUGAACUAACCAACUCACCAAGAACCCCAGGCCUGGAUGCUUGGAUGGGGAGGAGGAAAAGGGACCCUGUGUUGCUAAUAAACAUGCUCUCAUCCAACUUUGAA